AUGGAAUGAUGCUCUCAACCAAGAUUAUCCCAGACUUAUUGAGUCUGUCCAUCAGUAGAGCAAAUUCCCCCAAGCCUCAAUAGGUUUGGAAGCUAUCAAGACUUACAGAGCUGCUCAUAUCCGAAUAAUCUGAAAUCUUCUUGUGAUACUAAUCCUUCUGUGCAGCAGGAGCAAACAGACUCCCUUCCAACUGAAAAAGCCAAAGACAGCCAAAAAUCGGAAGAUAAUAAAUGUGAUUUACCUGAACAAAUAAGUUUUCGAGAAACUGUUGAAACCCCAAAUGGGACACAAGGAUCUGAGGUUAUCAAAAAGAGAAGGAGACGCUCUACAAAACUUGAGAUUAGAUCAAAACUCAUCAGAGUUAAAAGCCAAAUCCUAAAGAGAGGGAUUUCAGCUUUCCAUCGCUCACAGAAACAAGCAAGAGGAAAUUUGUCGGGCAAUAGUAAUAGAAGAUCUCAAUACAUUGGAGUUUCUAAAAACAAUGCUCACUGGCAGGCUCUAAUCAAUAUUGGGAGGACCAAGAAAUAUAUUGAUAUCUUCCUUUCUGAGAAGGAGGCUGCCAGGACCUACGACUUGUAUGCAAUUGCCCUCAAAGGAGUUAAGGCCGGCCUCAACUUCGAUUACACAGCCGAGGAAAUGAUAGCAAUGAUCGACCAUUACCUCAAUCACCGAAAAAUAGAGGUGUCUUCUUAAAAUAAUUUUUCGAUAAAUACAAACUCAAUUGUU